AUCGCUUUCCUUCCACAGUUCAUCCGUGAACGUGGUUACGUGGUUUCAACCCCUGUGUCGCCUGUACAGUACAUACGGCCACCGUCAAAGUCGACUUUGAGUGCUUCGCUAUACUGGUAUCAUGCCGUCACUCAAACUUGGGCGGAAUGAUAACGCCGAAAGGGAGGAGCGGCCAGACAACGAGGGUGAUGAUACCCAACACCCAGAGCCUACAGAGCGCUCUCGACUCUUGCCGCGCGAUCCCCCAGCUUACCUGAGUCCUGAUGAUCCUGCUGUCUCUCCGUACAACCUUUGGAGCAUCCGCGCUCUUCGCGGCUUAUCUUCGCUCUUUCUGGCCCUGAGUUUCAUCUGGUGGACCUUCCUUCUUGUCUCACUGUUUGUCAGUCCUCCCAUGAUGCAUAGUCGGGGGUCUGGGUUCUUCAGCUUCGCCUAUACAACCCUCACCACCGGAUACCUCGUCAUCAGCCUGCUUUUCUUUGCCGUACCGUCCAAGCCAAUGACCGUAUGGGGGAUUAUCAUCGGGGUCUUUCUCUGUAUCGAUAUGAUCCUCACCCUUGCUGUACCUCGCAUCCGCGUCGAAGAGGGUUGGGUAGGCGUGGCCUCGGUUGUCUGGGCCACCUUCAUCGCCCUGUACAGUAUCUUCCAGAAUCGAGCUGUCGAAUGGGGCAAGCGUGAAGAGGAAGAGCGUCUCACAGGUCGUCCGGAAAGCCGUCGCCCCCUCCGCGAAUGGAUUGCCGUGCUACUGCAGACCAUCUUCAUGGCCAUUUUCGGAGCCGUCUCUAUUCUCUUCACGGCUACACUGAUCUUGCGGGCCCGCGACGCCUCUCUCGCUGCGCCGGGCAAGAAGUAUCUCGUCAAUAGCAAUAACUACCAGGUCCACCUCAACUGUGUGGGCAGCCCUAACACAACGACGACUCAAUAUCUCGAUGACGUUCCCACCGUCCUGAUCGAAGGCGGCGAAGGUCCUGUUGAGCACACCCUCCAACCCUUCAUUGACAACGCCUACCAAAGCGGCUUGGUCCCUCGCUACUGCUACUGGGAUCGCCCAGGCUUCGGCUGGUCUGACAACGCACCGUCCCCCUUUUCAGCCGGCAUGGCCGCCGACGCCCUCUCGGAGGCUCUCGCCCUGGCCGGCGAAGAGGGUCCCUGGGUCCUCGUCUCUGCGGGCGUCGGUGGCAUCUACAGCCGCAUCUUCGCUAGUAGGCACUUGCUUGAGGUGACUGGUAUCCUGCUCAUCGACAGCACGCACGAGGACUAUCUCUCUCAGAUUGGCUCCUCAAGCCGCGGCUUUGUCCUCUGGCUGCAAGGAGUGCUCUCGCCGCUGGGGCUGGAUCGCAUUGCCGGCGCCCUGUUUAAGGGCCGCACUCGCGAGAACCGGGUCUACGGCCGCAGCGCCUACCAGACAGGGAAGUUCAUCAAGGCCAAGCUCCAAGAAAAUCUCGUCGCCAAGUCCAUGACUGCCUCGGAGGUCCAGACUGCCCGCCACGUCCAGAUGUCUGACACGCCGCUGGUCGUCGUCAGCUCGGGCGUCGAGGUCCGCAAGAGCCACAAAUGGGCCAAGACGCAGGAGGACCUGACGAAGAUCACUCAGAACCUGAAGGACUGGGAUAUUGUGAGCGGGGCACCGCACGAGGUGUGGAAAACUGUCGAGGGCAGACGCCUUCUGGAGAAGAGACUGGCCGAGUUGCUCGAGAAAGAGUAAGCGGCGUCCGCGUUUGAUCUCUUGAGUUUUCUCUCCUCAGUCCUCGGUUUCCUCCUACGUAUUUACGAUCUCGCUUCCUUUGGUUUCAAGGAGGCCUCUUUGACUUCUUAUUCUUUUCUGUCGUCGUUCGUUCACAAAUACGCCUUUGAGUCUCUCGAUUGUCCCUUCUAUCUCAUGUUUCUGUAAUCCUGCACCAUCCGACGACAAAUUGGGCCAUCAUGAUAUUACGACUUUAGCCAUUCU